AUGCAUUUGGAAUCAUUGGCCAAUGAAUUACUACUCAAUCUAUUCGAAUAUCUUUCCACUGCUCAUCUAAUUCGUGCUUUCGACAGUCUCAAUUCUCGUUUUAAUACUCUUAUCUGGGUUGUUUUUCGAACUUCUAAUCGUGUUGACUGUCGAUGGAUGUCUCAAAGUCAACUUGACUUUAUUUGUCAACAGCAUCUUUCUUCGAUUACUCAUCGAAUAUUUUCUCUUUGUCUAUCCAAUGACGAUGAAACUCCUCAACAGAUCGAACGAUUUUUUUCUCAUGGUUUAAAACUUGACCAAUUCAUACAUUUACGCUCACUUUCAUUUUAUCAUUUACAAUCUGAACAAAUGAUGCAAAAUAUUAUGAUUGCAUGGUAUCAUCUUCAUCAUCUGACUCAUCUUAAAUUCAGCAAAUGUUAUUUUCAAUAUGAAGAGAAAGAUAUUCUCGGUAUGAUUAAUAGCAUUUGGAGUUUAUCUGAACUUACUCAUUGCUAUCUGGAUAUUACUUUUCGAAGGACAUCAUCUUUUAUUGUGCCAACAGUAAUUUCAUCAUCUCUUGAAUCUUGGAUCAUUCAAGGUGUCAAUUGUCCGUUGAAUGAUCUAACACGUUUAUUUCAACAUACGAUUCGACUUCGACAUCUUUGCGCAAAUAUUAGGAUCAAUAUUUACAAUUCUUUGUUGGUAUCACCUAGUUCAUCAAUGAUUUCAUUAAAAUUAAAAUUCUUUUCUUCGUCAAACUCAGUUCAUGAAAUUAUUAAUCUAUUUCAAAAUAUGUGCAAUUUACGUAAAUUAACAAUUGAAACAUUAGAUCUAUAUAUCGAUGGAUAUCAAUGGAUACAAAUUAUUGCCAAUUAUUUACCGAAACUUAAAAUAUUUCAACUCAAAAUGGAAUUCUAUUUUCAUGAUCGUAUUAACACGAAACAAUAUGUCGAUCAAUUGUUAAAUUCAUUUCAAACGUAUUUUUGGCUCGAGGAACGUCAAUGCUUUCCUCGUAUAGAAGUUAGUGGAUGUCGAUCGACUUGUUCUGAUGACUACAAUACGAGUUGGUCAUAUGAUCAUGUACAUAUUCUUAAUUAUCGAUCUUCAUCAACAAGAGAUUUGACUCUGUAUCAAUCUCGUUUUGUCAAUAAUCAACAUCUUUCUCUUUCAUUCAACGUCGAUAAUCAAUUUUGGUUCAUUGUCCCACGAUUUGAUUGUUUAAUUUCACUCGAGAUAGCAUUGCAUGAUUAUAGUGACAAUAUUAAAUCUCAACUGCAAACUAUACUCGACAGAGCACCACAUCUUAAUUUGUUGAAAUUUCUCUCGUGGGCAAGUCUUGACGCACUUCUAGUUAAACUUAAUAGUGCAUCUGUGCGUCAACUCGAUUUUCGAGGAUGUGAUCGAUAUUAUAAUGAUCUUGAAUGUUUGACAUUGAUCAAUUCACCAUUAGGUAUUCAGUGUGAAGUACUUCGAAUUAAUGUCGAAAAUCGAAUGAGUAUACUAGAUUUCGUUACUAAAAUGACUAAUAUUCGAUCAUUAAAUGUUCGAUGUGAAGGUGAUAAAUGGAAUGAAACAUUGUCGACAUCAAAGGAUGAAUUCAUCGACUGGUUACAAUAUCGUUUACCAUCCACAUGCAUAAUUACGCGACACACACGUUACACCUUUGAUAUUCUGUUGUGGAUUUGUUAA